AUGAUCGGUUGUGUUGCCAGAAUCUCUGCCGCAGCCUGCAGGGCCGCUAUGCGCUGCUCCGGCUCGUCGGCCGCGCGCUACUUCAGAACGUUCGCUCCCAUGAACAGCUACGCCGUGCACAAGGUUGUUGCUGGGCGCGCGUUCGGCACGCAGGCUUCUUCGUGCUCCGUUAACGUAGCCGACCUGGUUGGCCGAGAGAUGCCCAGCUUCAAGUCUUCCGCCGUUAUCGACGGUUCCGUGAAGGAUUUCGACGCCGCAGAGCACUUCCGCGGCUCAUACGGUUUGAUGGUGUUCUACCCGCUCGACUUCACCUUUGUCUGCCCUUCCGAGCUUUUAGGUUUCUCGGAGCGUCUGUCUGAGUUCGAGGAGCGUGGUAUCAAGGUGGUCGGUGUUUCCGUCGAUUCCCCCUUUUCUCACCUGGCGUGGAGCCAGAUGGACUUGAAGAGGGGUGGUGUUCAAGGCGUCAAGUUCCCCCUGGUCUCCGACAUGUCGCGCUCGAUUUCUAAGAGCUUCGGCAUGCUGCGCCCCGAGGGCUUUGCUCAGAGGGCCUCAGUCCUGAUAGACAAGGCUGGAAAGGUGCGCCACGUUGCCGUUUUCGAUCUUGGCAUCGGCCGUUCGGUGGACGAGACCCUGCGCGUGUUCGACGCCAUCAAGUUCUCUGACGAAUCCGGCCACGUCUGCCCGGCUAACUGGAAGAAGGGUGCCGCCGCCAUGGCUCCAACUGCCGACUCCACAGGUGAAUACCUGGCCAAAACCUUCAACAAGGCCUAA